ACCGAAAAGAAAAGUAGGAAGACAGAAAGGAAGGGGGGGUCAGCAGCAGUUCCAUGAUUCGUCACUGAUACGGAUCGCAAACAGCGGGAUGGUAAGAUGGACCAAAAUGGACGCAAUUGGAUGAAGAGAGACUUGGGGAGACUCGUGGACACGACGAUGGCGUAGGUAGUUGUCCGCCAAGCGCAAAGUCCUCGCGACCGUCGUCGUCGCCCUCGCCUUCGCGUGAGUCCUCGUCCUGAGAAUGUCGUGCCGUAACCCCGACAACCUCAUGAUGAACACGAGCGAUGACGAGAGCUUCGACUACCUGUUCAAAAUCGUCCUAAUUGGCGACUGCGGCACGGGCAAGACUUGCGUGGUGCAGCGCUUCAGGUCCGGAACAUUUGUUGAGCGCCAUGGCAACACCAUCGGCGUCGAUUUCACCAUGAAGACCGUGCUCAUAGACGGCAAGAGGGUGAAGUUACAAAUAUGGGAUACCGCAGGACAGGAAAGAUUUCGAACAAUAACACAGAGUUACUAUAGAUCUGCAAAUGGGGUAAUCGUAGUUUACGAUAUUACGAAACGAUCGACGUUUUUAAGUUUACAACGUUGGGUUGAAGAAGUCCGGAGGUAUUCGUCGUCGCAUGUGUUACUGGUAUUAGUUGGUAAUAAAUGUGAUUUGGAAGAUUUACGUGAGGUGAAAGAAAUAGAGGCUGAAGCCUUAUGCCAAUACCUGCCGGAAGUUUUGCACGUAGUGGAGACCUCAGCCAAAGAUAAUACAAAUAUAGAUUCCAUCUUUUUUUAUCUGGCAUCGGAACUUAAGAGACGACACGAUAAUCGACAGAUUAGCGCAAGUGAGGAAGAAGUGGUGAAGCUCGGUGUCGGUCGAAAUCUAUCUUCUUGUUCGGGUUGUUCUUAUAAAAUAUUCUAAAUUCUUAUCACAGACAUAUCGUUCGAUACGUUGAAUGCGGAUGAAAUUUUCAUGAGCUGAGUGUCCAGUGAUAGAUAAGAUAAAAGGCAGUCGACGAUUGUGAUAUCACACAAUUUCGUCUGCAUCGUACAUUUUAAUGUUACUAUUCUUGAAAUAAUAAUUGAAAAAUUAGAAAUUAGUAUGCCUCAGUAUACUAACUAUACCAAGAAUAUCGAUUUCCCUAAAACAUCGUAUGAAUCUUAUCAUCUUUUUACAAACAUUUCACUGCCCUUUAUCUUAUUAGCCCGAUACAAAAUAGACUACACACGAUCAGCGUAAUUCUAUCCAUACAACAGAAAGAUAUUCAGGUGCCAAAUUUAAGAUAUUUUUCUAUUCGCGCGGAUUGGAACAGUAGCUAUUAUAUCUAAUCUUGGGAGACAUGAAAGCAAAAAGAUCUAAUUUUUAGAAUAAAAAAUAGAUCAUUUCUACUCCAAAAAUUCGCUGUUCCGGGAAAGUACAUAUGUAUAUUUUUAUAUGCGAUUUAACAAAAACGUACAAAUAUAUACUUGUGCACACAUGUUGACACUUUACCCAAUAUUGCGACCUGAAGAGAUCUUAGAGUAUCUAGUGCCUUAAAACGUCACAUUUUCGUACGCUAAACACACAGAUAUUCGCAAAGUAUAAUCGAGACAUUUGCAGAAGAUUUAAAUUGCGAGUGAUAACUUAAUGUGUUUUUUUUUAUUUAUUUUAUUUAUUUGCACGUGCGAAUGUGAAGUUUGGCCUCCCAAUCGCCGAGCAUCAAUUAAAAGCUGUAAAUAUUAAUCCACAGUCGCAUUCUCAUUGUACAUUUUACGCUAAAAACGAUUACUCUAAUACUUGCGAUUUUUGUUAAAUUGAAUAAUUCAAUAAUUAUUAAAUAACUCGGAUCUAAUUCAAACAUAAUUUAUAUAAUAAUUCAGAUUCGCAUUCGACGUUGAAGGGCAAUGGGAAUGCGAGCAGGUAUGUAGAAUGCGUUUCGUUUAAACAAACGCUAUUGUUAUUUGUGAACAGAUAUAACGAAUCUCUAUUAUUGCUUAUGUAAUAAAUCGUAAUAUAUUUUUUUGAUACUUAUAUUGCGUGUAUUCUCUCAAAAUACUCAUUGUGAAUGCAAAUUAUGUUUUGAUAAGAAAUGAAAUACUAAAAACAUAGUAAGAUACGUAAAAUCUUAGAGAAUAUAUCCAAGUAAAGUAUUCUUUCGCGAAUUUAGAUUAUUAGAGAUAAUUGCAUCUUUU